UUCCACCAUGCGCCAGAUAUCGACGUUGUAUUAUGCAAAAUUUGUGGUUAGUUCGUGUUUAGCCCUUAUUCGGUAUUGACGUUUUAAUUUACUCUGUAUCCGUGUACGCGGGUUGUGUCAAUGAAAUUCAGAAAAAAGUGUGUGCAUAUACAUAAAAAUACAUAUGUACAUUCGAUUCUCUUUUGGACAAAACGGAAGUGUGUGGGCAUUUUAAUUGUCGUUUGCUUGCCAUCUCGGCAUUUGGACAAUACUACGUCCAUAAAAUAGUUAUACAUAUGUAUAUAAUCAAAAAAUAUGAUUCAAUGAGCUAGAAAUAUUAAAUUUAUAGUUUGAAAGGUGGCACAAAGAAAAAACUGGUAAUGCUACGACUCUGUUUGCCAAAAAAAUCGAAAAUGUUUAUUGUGUGUAUUCCUAAGUGUGGAUGAACGUGAAUACGAAUCCAGAUGCACAUGCAAUUAGGAUUUUGUGUAUUGAUACAAAUUAAAAAACCUUAAAUAUUCAUAUACAAUAUGAAUUUUAGGUUGCACAUUAAUAUUUACUUAUGUGCUUACAUAUGUCUGUGUCUUUGAAAACUAUAUGUAAUUGCAUUUGAGUUGAGUGCAGUGAGAAAUUCAAUUAUUCCAAUCAUUUAUACAUAAAAAUUUGCAUUUGUAACCAGCAAAAACAAAGGUACAAAUGAAUUCACUCAUUUGAUUACAUCAAUAAUGUGAAAACGCAAACCGUACAAUACUCGUACAAUAUUAUAAGUUAAAGUGAUUUUUUUUAAACAAUCAGAGUCAUUCAAAAAUCGAUUCCGAAAAAGUAAAGUUUUACCUGUGAGUUUCUUAAACCGAUGCCUAAUAGCAUAUAUAAUAUUUUGCGUAAAAGUAGCAAUAUAAAGAUUACUAUUUUAUUAACAUAAAUACUAAAAAUAAAAAACGGUUCAUUAAAAAAGGUAAAACCUAAAUAAGCACAUAUAUUUCGAAAUGAAAUAGUUAACGAAUAAAAAUAAUCUUGGAAUGGAAAGAGGGAUAAAAAUGAAGAAAUUAAAUUAAAAGUGUUCACUAAUCAAGAUAUCCCUUAAAUUAAAUUACACGGUGAAAAAGACAUGCUAUCUUGAAGAAACGCAUCCAUAAAUACAAAAUGGUACGGCGAUUAGAACCAGAAAAACGGAAAGACAGCAAGACUGAAAAUUCAUUCACAAGGCGAAACAUUGAAGAAGCCAACAGCAAAUGGCGACUACGGUGCCCAUUUCAUCUAUACCAAGUUUUUAGUUGGCAACAAUAUCGAAGAGUUCGCCUUCUUAAUUGUCGUGUAAUGCCCAAUGGAUAUUUUUUGCUCCUGCUUGUCACAGUUCUCCUACCUCCUUCAUUGGCCCAACAGCAAAAGUUUCGUGUUACUCCAUACGAUCUUCAAGUGCUUGAAGGUGCAGAAGCCAUGAUGCGAUGUGAAGUAUCUAAUCAAGCAGGUGCUGUGCAAUGGACGAAAGAUGGGUUUGCCCUUGGCUUCUCAGCCGUUAUUCCAGGGUUUAGCCGUUAUUCGGUUUUGGGAGACCGAAAGCAAGGCGUAUAUAACUUACGAAUAUCGAAUGCUUCUAUCACAGACGAUGCAGAAUAUCAGUGUCAAGUAGGACCGGCGCGACUUAACUCAGCUAUCCGGGCAAACGCAAAGUUAACUGUAAUAUCUUCACCUUCGUCCAUUGAAAUACAAGGUUAUGCUCACAAUUCAAAGGUAGAAGUGAGGGAAAAUCAGGAUUUGUCGUUAAAUUGCAUUGUAGAGAAUGCAAAGCCAGCUGCACAAAUAAUUUGGUAUCGAGGAAACGUGGAAUUCAAACAAGGACAACGCGUUGAUAAAGUUGAAGAAACUUCUUCAAAGCGAUAUACUACUAAGUCAACCCUGAACAUAAAACCGAAUGCUGAUGAUGACUACACGGAAUACACCUGCCAAGCAAAGCACAAAGCAUUGCCACCAGACAUGCCGAUGCGCUCGACUGUUCAACUUUCCGUUCUUUAUCCUCCUGGGCCUCCCUACAUCGAAGGCUAUACACAGGGCGAAAUUCUGCGAAGGGGUCAAACAGUGGAACUGAUAUGUCGAAGUAGAGGUGGAAAUCCACCAGCGCAAUUGAUUUGGUAUAAAAAUGGAUCCCAAAUACGGAUGGCUUAUAGGACUGCUGGGCGCCUUUCCGAAAACAUAUACACCUUUACUGCAGAAGCAAGCGACAAUAAUGCACGUUUUCGAUGCGAAGCUAGCAACGUUAUGUCUCAAACACCUUUGAAAGCAGAAAUAGAUAUAACAGUACUGUUUGCUCCAACGCAUUUAUCCAUUUUGGGCCCUACUGAAGCGCGCGUUGGUGACGUAGUACCUUUAACGUGCUCUACUGCUCCAUCUAAUCCACCAGCGGAAAUAAAAUGGAUGGUUGGUGGCCGCCAAAUUCGUAAUGCGACUGCAAAGACAAAUGUCAGCCCUGAAGGCGGAUGGAUUACUGUUUCGAACAUAACAGCAACGGUUGAGCCUAAUAAAAAAUCUCUUGUAGUAAUUUGUCAUGGACUCAAUAUGCAGCUAACAGAGAACGUUGUUUCAACACAUACAGUAAAUAUUUUGUAUCCGCCGUCUUCCCCAAUAAUCUCAGGAUAUAUGGAAGGGCAAAUUAUACCAGCGGGUUCUGUUCAGAAACUAUUGUGUGUCUCCUCGGGCGGAAAUCCCUUAGCUACACUCACUUGGUAUAAAAAUGAUAAACGGAUUAAUUCAGUGAUACGUACGGCCGAUAAAUCUGUUUCUGCCGAAAUAACUAUUCUGGCAAAUGUAACCGAUAACCAGGCUCAAUAUCGAUGCGAAGCAUCUAAUAGUGCAACCGAAAUACCCUUAUUUGAGAGCACUAUUCUCAGCGUUCAUUUUGCACCUGAAACUGUUAAAAUUCGUGUUGAACCAGAAGAACUUAAGCCUGGCGUGGAAGUGACUAUAGUUUGUGACUCAAGUUCAAGCAACCCACCAGCGAAACUUACUUGGUGGAAAGACGGUAUUCCUAUUGACGGCAUAAAUAAUUCAUCUAAGCCUGGAUUGUGGGGUGGUACGGUCUCGACUUUGGAGUUUAAAGUGAACGUCUCUCAGGAAAUGAAUGGUGUGGUGUACACAUGUCAGAGCGCAAAUGAAGCAUUACAGCGAAGCGUACAUGAGGCAAUCUGCUUAAAUGUUCUUUAUCCACCACUGUUCCUUCCGCCUCCGUCAUCUACAGCUGUAGGCGUUGAAGGAGAAUCAUUACAAGUUACUCUCAGCGCUACAGCAAAUCCAAUGUCUAUUUUGUACACAUGGACAAAGGAUGGCUUACCCGUACCUUCAACUUCCACCAGUAAUGGAGGCGCCGAACAUCGAAUAUAUGCCGACGGAGCUAACCUUAACUUUACAAAGCUAAAUCGGAAUGAUGCUGGAAUUUAUUUAUGUGAAGCCAGCAAUUCAGAGGGUUCUGCUAAACUUAACAUUACCAUUGUGGUAGAAUAUGGCACUUCAAUAAAAACUAUAUCCGAAAACGUUGUAGUAAAUCCAGGCGAAGAUGCAAUGUUAUCAUGUACUGUAGAAGGAAAACCGUUAACUGAGGAGCAUAUUAAAUGGGAGAGAGUUGCUUAUGAUAUGACAAUAAAAACCACAACUUCUUUCGUCAAUGGCACUUCAUAUCUUCAUGUAAAAAAUGCACGCCGGGAAGAUGUCGGAAGUUUUCGAUGCAUUGCGGAUAAUCGUGUUGCUAAUCCCACAAACCGCGAUGUCCAACUCAUUGUCAAAUUUGCGCCUGAAAUUGACAAAUCACCAACAUUUCUACGUGCAGCGAGUGGAACGGGUGAGCGAGGUCGUCUACCAUGUCGUGCUCAAUCUGCUCCAAAACCAAAGUUCAUCUGGCGUCAAGAAGGCAAAGAUCUACAAGUAAACCGCACCUAUAAAUAUGAAGUUGAAGAAAGGAAAAUUGACUCAUUGACAUAUGAAUCCACUCUGAUAAUUGAAAAAGUGGCACCAGCCGAUUAUGGCGCUUAUGAAUGCAUGGUAAUAAAUGAAUUGGGCCAGACUACGGAAUCGAUUCGGUUGGAUAUUACCUCCCAACCCGAUACACCACUUAGUUUAAAUAUAUUAAAUGUUACACAUGAUAGUGUGUCUUUAGCGUGGACUCCGGGAUUUGAUGGAGGAAUAAAAGCAUCUUAUAGGGUUCGAUACAGAGAGGCAAGCCGGGAUCAAUAUAAAUAUAUCGACAGUUUGCCAAACAGCCAUAAGUUAACCAUAACUGGCUUAAAAACAAACACUCUGUACCUAUUCUCUGUAAUGGCAUACAACGAUUUGGGAAGCAGUAAAUAUCUACCCGAUUUACAACGAGCGCAAACGAAAGAAGCUCCGCCACCUUCUCAGCCAGCCUCAUCGUUGGGUGGACCACCGACAACUACUUCCACACCAUUAGGAGGCACUUCUGGUUUACUCUUGCUAGUCGGCGUUAUUUCUGGUGUGACGGUAGUACUUUUAAAUAUUUUCAUCAUCGGAUGUUGCCUGCACAAGCGCAAUCAAAAACGACUUAAACGAGGAUUGGAUAUAUCGACGGAAGAGCUAACUGAGGACUCAAGUACUCCCAAUCUGGUAAUACUUGGAAUUUGCAUGGCAGCAUUUGGUUUUUUGGUGGUCAACGCUGCUUUAGUCGCUUGGUUUUUUGUACAUAAUCGUCGGAAGAAAGCUGAGAGUGAUAAUCAACCAGGCAAAACAGCAACAAUAGAAAUGUAUGCGCCGAGCUCCUAUAACGAUACCGUCACAGGCGAGACUUUGUCUAGUGUUUCAGAGAAAAGUGAAUCGUACUCAAAUGAAGGAAGCCAAGCGGAAUACACUGAUGAAGCCCGUAAGAAAGCAGCUUCAACGUAUUUGGUCGAAAGUACAGAUAUGCCGCCUCCUCGUUAUCAAAAAGAUGGUACCAUGCCCAUUGUAUAUCCGAACAACAUAGUUAAUGCACGAACUUUACCACAUCCGCGUCACCACAGUAAUGUUACAAAUAUAUUAGAUCACCGAGCUCACGAUGAUCAAAUUCUCAUCAACAAAGGAGUGUAUAUUCCGUCCCCUUCGCCAGCGCCGCCGCCUGAUGGUUCAUAUUAUAAUAUGAAUAGUGACAGAUAUCUUUCGUACCCGCCUAUGGAUUAUUCUCCACAAAUGGAUUUUGCAACUCCUCCACUUCCCAUGACGCAUCUUCAACCUAUAUCUCAAGCAUCUAUUAUUAGUGGUAACGCCAUGAUGGGAUCAGUUGGCGGUGGUAGUGGUACCCUUCGUCGAGGCAUUAUGCGUGGAGUUGUAGGCAUGCCACCGCCAGACGUUACUCAACUUACAAGUACGAGUAUGCCUGGCACAAAUAACAUCCAAAUUCUACAUGAACUGCAUCCAAUAAAUAUUUCGAAUAAUUCAUGCUCCACUCAAACCACAAGCAUAACAGGCAAUGGAAGCAUGAUGUCAACUAUCCCAAGCUGUACCUCUAAACAACCUCAGAGCAUUCUGAAGGAUCCAAAUAGGACUAAACCUCAGCAACAGCUUUUAAGUGCAAAUCUUGUAGGUGUGGGUGUGCCCACAGCUUCUGGUAGCCUUCAAAUUCUAAAUAUUCCCACAUCUGCUGGCAUCAGUGGAAAUUUACUGAUGACUGCGAGUGGAACAUACGAUCCGGCAAAUCUUAGCACAUUUAAUACUACAACAGGCACGACAUUGGCUUAUACCGAUGCCGAUGGCCACUUGGUAUAGCUGUAGGCGAGCAAGCGACCACCGAUGGAAGCUGCACUAACGGUAAUUAGUGCCUCUUCGGAUACCGCUGCUGUUACAGCCAGCCCCAAUAGUGCACGCUAUUGACAAACAAAUAAUACUCGUACAAUUGCACAGGUCAAAGUGAGAAAAUAUUGCAGAAAAUACAUUAAAUAGGCAAGAGAAAAAGAUACUGAGACUACAAUUAAGGGUAAAUUUAAGCUUAAAUUUAAGACUAUUACGUAUCAACCUAAACGACCUGAUGCUGAUAUGGUUGCAUUAAAAUUGUCAAACGUAUGACAAGUGCCCAACUAAUUUCCAUCAUCGUAAUGUAUGCACUGAAUCCAAAUUAACAGUUUUACAGUUCGUUUAAAAAUGCGAUCGGUUAUUUGUUAUAGAAAAUGUAAUAAAAAUAAGAAUUCUCGUUUUUGGAGUAUGAGUUGUUCUGUUUGUUGUUUCUGCUAUACCAUAUUUAUAUGGAAAAUAAAACAAGAUUUAUUACAUAUUUUCUAAAAAAUUCGCGUGUUGAUUGUGAGGAGUUAAACUCAAUACAUAUUACUACCAUAUGAACAGUUAUUAUCAACUAAAACAUUGUGCACAAAUUUUCUUCUAUGACUGGGGAGAUGAAUUCGGAUUAUAUUUACAUAUAUCUGAACUAUAUCCACCUACAUAUCUGACAUCUAUCGAAGGCUAAUCGCUGUACAUUCCUGAAAUUUGUAAUUGAAUAUUAUUGUUUUAAAGAGUGAUUAAUCCAUAUGAAUCCGCGACGUUAGCUUCUAAGCAUCCUUUAUUUAAUGUUUCGCCGAGCUUUUUCUCUAAUUAGUGCAUUGAGUCCGUGUUUAACAGAAUGGUAGGAACGCACAAACCUCCUCGGCAACGAUAUAAAAACUUUGUUUCGCUAUGAAGUCGAAAGUAUGAAAGCUAAUUAUUUAUAUAUAUUUGCAUGAUUCAGUGUUAAAAGGUUUGGUCAGUAAGCAGCAUUUCCGUUCCCGCUUGACAAAUCGACUCCCUUAGCAAGAUACUGCGUUGCUAACUCUAGAAAUUUUGAGUAAAAGUGGAGAAAAGCAAAAUUUUUAAAGCACCAACUCGCUCAGAAGUUUGCACUUGUAUGUCCAGGAUCAUUAUGCCAUGAAAUGCAUCCUGACAUACCACUUAAAUCAGAGCAUCAUAGAGCAAUUCUUUGGAUCAAUGCGUGCGAAAGAUAGACUUUUUGACAAUGUGAGAUCAAAGCAUUUCAAACAUAGGUUACGGAAGUACUUACUAGGUAAGGUUGCCUUAAAAAUUCAAAAAUUAUCAAGAAGAGUACUUUUAAUAACAUGUAAUUGCUGUUCGUGGUAACGUGCAAACUGAUGCAACCACAAGGGGAAGAGUUGGAUAGUCUCAAUCAGGACGCUAUGGUAUACAUAACUGCCUACCUUUAAAUUUGUUGAAUGAAGUGUCCAGAGCACUUUUGUAAGGGAGUGUCAAAACUCGAAUGCCAUAAGUGAGCAAACAUUCAAUAAUUGAAUCAUAACGCAUAUGCAUGUAUGUAUAUAUAAGUAAUUUUUUUUAAUUUUGAAGUGUUCUGAAGGCUUAAAAACCCAAAACCGAAAAUAUUUUCCGAAGGAAAAUUUCUCUGAAAUAACAAAAAGCAAAGAUAUUACGUACAUACUGGAAAAAUAGCUAGCUUUGUUAAGCACGCACGUGUGGAAUAUUGCCAUUACCCACUUCUCCAAAGUUCAAUUUCAGCCGAUCAAACUCGAAUCAUUUGGGUUGUAAUAGAAUUGGAUUUUUGCUGUACUCCUGUCACAAACUAACUUCUAAAAGUUUUGACGCUAAGUUUAACUUAAUGCUGUUAACCAAAGUCUUUAUUUUAAUCGGGAUAUUACGUUUUUUAGUUAACCACUCCUAUGUUCUAACACAAAAUUUUCUUAUCGAACUCUAAAUAUUUAAUAUUUAAGUUUGUGAACAAAAAAAAACAUCAGUGCAUUUCUGUUAUAAAAACAAAUUUCGGUCAAAGUUUAAAACGAAGCAUAAUUCUCUCUUUCAAAAGUUUGAAAGGUUUUAUAACAGUAGACAUUAAAAAAUUACCACAUUCAGUCAUGCACACCAGGUACAGUGAAUAGCUGGAAUCAUAAGAUCGGUUAGGUACUUGUUAAAUACACACAAUAUAUACAAAUGUGCUUACUUGAAGCAAUUAAAGGAGUAAGAAAAGAUUUGCCAAAAGCCGACUGAAAUUUAGUAACAUUUUGUUCCAUUGACGAAACAAAAGAAAUUUUUAUUAAAACCUAGACAAUUAAUACAUAUGUAUGUACAUAUAUAAUAACACAAUAAACAUGCUGUACAAUUUCUUUAUAGCUAGUAUAUAGAUGAAAACAUUAAUAAAUAGCUUACAAAUAUGAAUUCGCCAGAAUUAAAGAAAGAUCGAAUCAUGUUAAUUAAUAAUUAGGAUAUUUACAUAU